CCUCUGUAGCAUCUGGACCCUGAGCCUGUGGGGCGGAAAUCCGGUGCUGAGAGGUGAGUGUCCCCCAGGCCUCACCUGCGGGGGUCCGGCUUGCGCUGGAACCCGUCGCCUUCCGGGUGGCGCAAGUGGUUUGCACUAGACCACUGAUUUAAAUGUUGGCUGUUAGACCCUGCAGUGCUUCGGAAGAAAGGCCAGGAAGAGUCUCUGCCCUUGGCCCAGCAGCCCUUCUGCCCACCCCCAGGACAUGGCAGCUGUCAGACCCAGCCUGGGCCGAGUCCUUCCUGGAUCGUCCAUCCUGUUCCUGUGUGACAUGCAGGAGAAGUUCCGCCACAGAGUCACCUACUUCCCCGAGAUAGUCUCUGUGGCCGCCCGCAUGCUCAAGGUGGCCCGGCUGCUGGAGGUGCCAGCCGUGCUGACAGAGCAGUACCCAAAAGGCCUGGGCCCCACGGUACCGGAGCUGGGGGCUGAGGGGCUGCAGCCUGUGCAUAAAACCUGCUUCAGCAUGGUGCCUGCACUGCAGCAGGAGCUGGACGCCCGGCCCCAGUUGCGCUCGGUGCUGCUCUGUGGCAUCGAGGCACAGGCCUGCAUCCUGAACACAGCCCUGGACCUCCUGGACCAGGGGCUGCAGGUCCACGUGGUGGUGGACGCCUGUUCCUCCCGCAGCCAGGUAGACCGGCUGGUGGCGCUGUCCCGGAUGCGUCAGAGCGGCGCCUUCCUCUCCACCAGCGAGGGACUCAUUCUGCAGCUUGUGGGUGACGCCGCACACCCCCAGUUCAAGGAGAUCCAAAAGGUUAUUAAGGAGCCCGCCCCAGACAGUGGGCUCCUGGGCCUCUUCCAAGGCCAGAACCCCAUCUUCAGAUGACCUCUAGACCCUGCCUUGAAGAGAGACCACCCCCCUCCUGUCAUCCAGACUUCGUUGGAAGUGCUUUCCCCCCAUCCCUGGAUCCCAGGAGUGGUGCAGUCCACCGGGAGUACCGCCCCCUUGGGAGGGGAGGUGGGGGCGGCCUUCCCAUUGGGCACUUGCUCCCGGAAAUGCAAAUUAGACUCCUGGAAGCUGAGAGGGAGUUGGUUGAGCGAAGUUGGAGGCGGAGAUCGGUCCCGGGCCGCUUCAAGGAGUGGGAAGGGGAGGGGGAGGGAGUGUUACCGACUGUGUGGGACCGGGACUGGAAGAAUAAACAUUCA